UCAUGUCGAACGCACCCAAAGCGUUCGCUUUAACGGAAGUGCUUUCAACUCCUCCCCUGUCUUCAACCGGCUCUGCUCGCCCGUUCAUGUCGAUCACACCUCAACAGUGGCUUUCUGUCACAGAUUAAAUGACCAACUUUCGGUCUGCUUGGAUAGUUUGCCCUUCACUGUAGUCGACUUUAAAAUGAAAUCUGGCACUUUGAAAACGAGGUCCUCUUACCUUGGCGAACUUUCUUCGAACUCCAACUCUUCACGAGAUUGAACUUUGGAUGACAAACAGUUUGAGGGCACCAAGACGGACAAAAAGGACACAUUAUGGCAAUAUGUGGCAGACGGAGUCGGCCCAAGCUCAUUCUGUACAUUCUCGGGGCUUUUGUAGUGGGAUAUUUAGUGUUUCAUAGGAACACCCACAGUGAUGUCGGACUGGCGAGUCGAAGAGAAGUUACAGUCGAGCAGCACAAAAAUGUGGACGAGGAAUUACUGAAGAAACCUGUUUACGAGAAGCCUCCUCUAGACGUUAAUGCUCUGGGAGAGAUGGGUAGAGCUGUUAAACUGGACCUGACUGAAGAAGAGAAGCGAGAGGAGGAGGAGAGCAUCAAAAAACAUCAGAUAAACACUUAUGUGAGCGAUAGGAUAUCACUACACCGCAGGCUGCCUGAAAGAUGGAACCCACUAUGUAGAAACCUGAAAUAUGACUAUCCGAGCCUGCCCUCAACAUCAGUAGUGAUAGCCUUCUACAAUGAAGCCUGGUCCACACUACUGAGGACAGUGCACAGUGUCCUGGAGACCUCACCGGACCUGCUGCUGACUGAAAUCAUACUGGUAGAUGACUACAGUGACCGAGAUCAUUUAAAGGAGCCUCUAGAGAACUACAUCGCCAAUCUCAAAAAGGUGCGUCUGAUCCGAGCAAGGAAGAGAGAGGGUUUGGUGCGAGCACGGCUCCUGGGGGCUUCCAUUGCCACAGGAGAAGUGCUGACCUUCCUCGAUUGCCACUGUGAGUGCCAUGAAGGCUGGUUGGAGCCUUUACUCCAGAGAAUAAAGGACGAGCCUUCAGCCGUGGUGUGUCCAGUGAUUGAUGUUAUUGACUGGAACACCUUCCAGUACCUGGGCAACGCUGGAGAACCUCAGAUUGGAGGAUUUGAUUGGAGAUUGGUGUUCACGUGGCACACUAUCCCAGAACAUGAACAGAAACGCAGAAGUUCUCCCACUGAUGUCAUCAGGUCUCCUACGAUGGCUGGGGGUUUGUUUGCAGUCAACAAGAAGUACUUUCAUUACCUGGGCACAUAUGACACAGGAAUGGAGGUGUGGGGUGGAGAGAACCUGGAGUUCUCAUUCAGAAUCUGGCAGUGUGGAGGGAGUCUGGAAAUCCAUCCUUGCUCUCACGUGGGUCACGUCUUUCCGAAGAAAGCGCCAUACUCGAGAAGCAAGGCCUUGUCCAACAGCGUGCGGGCGGCAGAAGUCUGGAUGGACGAAUACAAAGAAGUGUAUUACCAUCGCAGCCCUCAUGCUCGUCUGGAGGCAUAUGGUGAUGUGACAGACAGACGGAAACUCCGAAUGCGUCUUGGCUGUAAAGAUUUUAAGUGGCUCUUGGAGAACAUCUACCCUGAGAUUCAAGUCCCAGAGGACAGGCCUGGAAUGUUUGGCAUGUUGAAGAAUAAAGGAAUGGCCAACUACUGCUUUGACUACAACCCACCUGAUGAUCAUAAUAUGGUCGGUCACCGGGUCAUUCUUUACCCUUGUCACGGCAUGGGACAAAACCAGUUCUUUGAGUACUCCACACUCCAAGAGAUCCGUUAUAACACGAGGGACCCUGCAGGCUGCGUCGUGGCUGAUCCUGUCUCCACAUUCCUCACCAUGCAUCACUGCAGUAAAUCCAGGGAAGCUGUGCCUGAAGACCAGAAGUUCCUUUUCAGAGAGGACGGCUCUCUCUACCAUGUUCAGACACAGAAGUGUGUUGAGGCAGUAGCCCGGACCGACACUGGGAGCCCUGGCCCUGCUCUACGGCCCUGCUCCGACUCAACCUCCCAGAAGUGGUUCUUUGAAGAGAGAACAUAGCAAAGGUUCUCUCUACACCCUUCACCUGCACAACAGUUCAAAGGGAAUUUCAUAUCGGCUGCUCCGACUUCACACCCGCUUAUUAAGCAUUCCACUUCCACUUAGGAUUGAUAGUGCCUUUCUUUUACACGACAUGCACAGUACAGACUCUUGUCUGUUAAACUGUAGAAAAUAUUGUAUGUUGUAAUUAAUUAACUUAUUCAAUUUGAACAUUUUUGAAUAGUGUAUUAAAAUUCAUCACUCAUAAUAGAGUUGUUCAGUUUGUAAUCCUGAAACCCUGAGGAGGAUAAGCAUUUUCGUGCCACAAGUGUUCUCAGAAAUGUUCAACGAGUUUUGGAUUUCUGAGUAAACUAAGGUAUGUGCGCUACAACAUGCACUACUGUUCAGAAGUUUGGGUUCAGUAAGAUUCAGUAAAAGUGAUGGGUAAGGUUUUCAUAAUGUAAAACAAAAACUUAGAUUUGUCAAAUAGUGCUGAACUUUUUUUUUCUCAAACCUCAUCCAUCAUGCUUAGAAUAUUAUAAUAAUUUUAAAGGAUCAUGCGAGGCUUAAAACCGGAGUAAUGGCUGCUGAAUAUUUAGCUUUGCCAUCAUAGGAAUAAUUUACAUUUUAAAAUCUAUUAAAAUAGAUAAUGGUUAUUUAAAACUGUAAUAUUAUUUCACAGUAUUCCCGUUUUUUUUUUUUUUUUUUUUUUUACUGUUUUUCUAUGGUUAGCAUGAAAUGCUUUUUUCAAAAACAUCAAAGGUUCUUACCAGCUCCAAAAGUUGGAACAGUAGUGUGUGUUGUAUGAUGAAAUUUAAAAGUUUCAAAAACACAGACCUUAUUUUAAUUAGAAAUGGCCAUUCUUAAAGCCCACAGGAAGUUCCCAAGGAAACCCAUGGUGAAUUCGUCUUCUAGGUUGGCCUGCACAUAGACAUCAUUACUGAACACCUCCAUUUCUCAGCAAGAUAUAAACAUUGUAUUUAAGCACUCAUCAUAAACUCUGGGUCUCUCUGUCGCAAUUGACAAUCAUUACGAUUUUAUAAGAUGUUAAUUUUAGUUAUUUUAAUCAGUCAGUGCUGCCAGCUCCAUCGGCUGUUGUCUCAUCAUCCCCUGUUCUCCUGCAAAGUAGCUUCUAUUUAUUAAAAUCUUUUGACAUAUUUAACUACUUUUUUCUAGUGACUAGCAUUUUUAAAGACUCCUCCUCUGUGAUCCGUAGGUCCGAUCUCGCUCAGGCAGCCUGGUUAUGGGUGUAUUUUUGGUUGAGUAGUGAGAUUAGGCUCAGAUGAGCAGCAGUGGCGGCGCUGCUGACAUUCUCUUUCCAACCACUAGAUGGUGCCAAAUUCGCCGUUUUAUUCCACGUCCGCUUUGUCCUCCAUGCUGUAACAUCAGCUUGUAUUUACAUGCGUGUAAUUCCAGUCACCCACGAUGCAGUGAUUGAGAUGCUGGGUUUCACUUUUUAUACACAAUUACAGUUAAAAUUGUACAGUGAUUAUUACUUGUAUCUGAAACCAUAUGGCAGCCUACCUCUAGUCAUUUACCUGCUUUUAAGAAAAGAUAAUCUGUCAUUCGAAGGGGAUGAAACAGAACUGGAUGUCACAGCAAAUACUAGAUUAAAAUUUGCCAAAUUACUGCAAUUUCUUUUUUCAUAUUUCCCUUAAGUUGUAGAGAAACAGUGCUGGGCUGAGUUUCCCAAAAGCAUUGUAAUCUUAAGUACAUCGUAGACCCAUUGAAACAAAUGGAGCUACGAUCUACUUAAGCUAACGAUGCUUUUGGGAAACGCAGCCCUGGUUUGUUAGUUUAGGGCAGGGGUGUCAAACUCAGUUCCUGGAGGGCCACAGCCUGCAGGGUUUAGAUUCAACACUAAUUAAAUGCAGCUGAUCCAGCUACUCAAGUCCUUCAGGUUUAUUUAAAACUAUAUGGUAUGUGUGUCAGAGCAGGGCUGAAACUAAACUCAGCAGGGCUGUGGCUCUCCAGGACAGAGUUUGACAGACCUGGGGCCUGUACCAUGAAGCUGGAUUAGCUGGCCAGCCAGGUAAAUUUCAGGUUAUUUUGCACCAAUCCUGGAUUUUAGGUACCACGUAAGUGGCUUAGCCUUUAGCGGGAUUCAUUGUCAUGUACUUACACUCCACAGCUAACCUACUCCGGGGCAGGUUAUGUUCUGGGUUAGAGAUCUCAAACGGAAGCUGGACCAAUCAGAUGUAAGCAAAGUGACACAUGUCUGACACAAAGUCACUCCCCCAGUUUAUCUUGCUCCAAAUUAAAGGUCACUAAUGCGCAAAAAAAAAAAAAAAAAGAUAAUUAUGGAGUCAUUUUAUAAUUUAUAUAAUUAUUAUGAUUCAUAUUAUUAUUAUUAUUAUUAUUAUUAUUAUUAUUAUUAUUAUUAUUAUUCGAGUCUCAAUCACAAUAUAUUUUCAAAUGUAUGACUAACUUAACAAGUUUCACUUGUGACUGCACUGAUAUAUCAAGAUCAUUUAUUUGUCUUCUUUCAUGUUUCAUAUGAAGUUUAAAUUUGUCAUAUUCUUCAAUCUCUUAACCUUUAGUUUUGAAUCUCGCUGGGUCUCUUGUGAGAUGUAAAUCAAACUUGCAUUGUGUUGCAAGGCUCGUGAUUGGUUGUUUGCCAGUGAUGUCACUCAUUCAUGUGCACACACUCCACAAACUCAGGAUCAAAGCCUGAGUUGACAAAGAAAGUUGAUGAUCAGCAUCAUAGUACCAACAAAGCCAGAUUGGAGAGGUUUGGUUUUGUCAACUCAAAACUAAUCCUGUAACACUGAAUUUGUUCAUCUACCAUCAUGGUACAGGCCCCUGGUUUAGAGUAUGUGGAUAUAAACCUCUUUAAAUUUUGACCAACUGUGAGUAUGUUUUCUAAGCUGAAUGAUAAUUUCUGCAAGCCAUUUUAUAACGAAUUGAUUUGAUUAACUUAGCUUUCUCAGUUAUUUAUUACUUCAGUAAUAACUGGUGUCCUUAAAAUUGCUGGGACGUUGAAAAUAGGAAGUAGAUUUUUUGUCAAAAAUGAACUCAUUUACUCACCUUUAUGUUGUUUCAAAACGUUCCCCUGUGAAACACAAAGUAAGAUAUUUUGAAGAAUGUUUAUUCUGCUAUUUUCCAAAAAAGGCACUUUAUAAAAUAUAAAUGUAGUCCAUAAAAGUCAUGAGCUAUACUCUAAAUGGCUAUAUAGAAAUAAAGUUAUAUAGUUGUUAUUGAUUGAAAACUAUCAAUUACUUUCAUUCUAUUGAAAAAAGCAGCUAUGACACGCUUAAAAAUCUAUUUUUGUGUUCCACAAAGAAAAAUAUUUUUGAAAGACUUAAUGGUGGGUAAAUAAAGACUUUUUAUUUUUAUUUUUUAUAAAGACAUUUAAAAUGUUUUAAGUGCCUUACACAGUGUUCAAAGAUGGACAUUUUAAUGUUAAAUACAGUAUAGGUGAGAGGGAACUUCAUGUUUGGUUUACAGAACACAUUUUUAUUGUUAAUCUAUAAGGUGACGGGCUAACUGAACAUUGUGAUGUAGAGAAUUGAUUUACUGAUGUGAUUCUGAUGUAAGAGCAUAUGACACGAGCUUAAAUUCUGGACAGAUGUUCUCAUGGCCGCUAUAGAUAAAAAGAUGAUUGAAAGAUUGAUAAUAUUAUGAGAACAAUUAUGUUUGCAAUGGUAGGGCUUUUCCUGUCUGUCAAAGCCUCAGAUUGGAUUAUGGGUUCCUUACGGAGGUCAAAAAGAGGAUAUUAUUCCGUAUGGAUGGUUUUAAGGACCAUUUCCACUAUGUCUAUAUGGCCAUUUUAUCCUCAAUACAAUGGAAGUAUAAAACACACACAAAAGUGAUACAUUCUAUCGAUAAAUGUGGUUUAAAAUUAAUAUCUUCGAACAUGCCCAGUUACUGAUGCAUAGGACCAACCCAGAAAAAUUUAUGGCCAUAAAAGUUGUGUGGUUGGUUACUGCAGCAGUGAGUUUGCACUUUUCUUGGAAUAAUUAAUGAUUUUUACUGUAAUUUUAUUUUCCUGAUGGAAGAAUGUUGAAACCAUGUGUUUUGAAACCGUAUCAAUGCUGGAAGAAAAUUCAGGUAACUUUAUGCUGUUAUGUAAGUGACCUUAACAUCAGAAAUGAAGGUAUACUUUUUUUUGUUUUUAUCAAUGCAUUAAUUAUGGUUAUUAAUGUCUCAUAUCUAACUUAAAGGUGCACUUAUUUUUUUCUUUCUACGCUACACCAUUUUAAGUCAUUCACAAUCAGAAGUUAUUCAUCUAUUGAUAUGCACAUUUUCAGAAAUAAGGGUUAUUUAACGCAAUUAUUUAAGUAUUUAACACAAGCCAGCCCACUCCAUGUAAAAUAUGAAUAAAGCUGCUUUUAUUAGGCAACUCAUAUGAUUGCAGUCUUCAUCUCAUAUGAGGAUAAUUUAUUUUAUACAUAUUUAAAUUAGGAAAAAAUCUGAGUGCAUUUUUGAAUUGUAAUGACAUUUUUUCUAGAUCUAAAGAAUGAAAGUCGCUUUAACUUAAAUUGAUUUCAUGUUUGACUUUUUACACAUUAAAGCCAUUAAAUAACA